GAUAGAGCGAGCCGAUCGAGGCGAGUCAGGGCUAUAAAAGGCGAGAGAGAGGGCAGUAGAGAGAAGCAAGCACGGCGGCUGGAGAGAGAGAAUCGGAGGCGAGACGAGAACGAAGGGUUUCUCUCUCCUCGAAACCCUAGAAAUCGAUCGAGGGAUCCAUCUCUAGGUUUUCAAUCUGCUUCUUGUUUGGAAAUAUUUGUUCUUUCUCGGUUUCUCGAGGGAUCGGGUUCAGAUCGAGGGUUUGUCUGGGGGGAUUUGGAGACACGACGUUUCUCCGGCACCAGAUCGGCUGUAGAUCGCUGGGACAAGCUCUCUGUCGGUUGUAAUAGCGUUCUUGUAAGGGUUUUCCUCUUCCUCUUUCCAUUUUCUCGGUGGAUUUUUGGAUUCCGCUGGUGGAUAUAGGGAUUUUUAAGGGUUUCGAGUGGCGCGGGGUUUGUUAUACUCUUUGUUUUGGAUUUAUGUGUUUAAAGCAGCUGGAUGGAGGACGUGGUGAAGGUUUGUUGAGGGUAACUAUUCUCUGAGUUAGGGGUUUUCCCGGUUUUGGCUGAGAUCUUUGUAGUAUAUGAGGUGUUGGGAAGGAUUUCAGGAGAAAAAAAUCAGAUUUAUUAAAUGUACCUUGAAGUGUUCUACUUAUUAUUUACGAUGCGUGACUCUUGCUUUUGUAUCUGAGAACUGGAAAGUCGGUUUUCCGGUUUAGAUCUUUAUAACAAAGUGAUGUUGGUGAAGAAGAAGUUUUUCUAAAGAUUUUGGUACGAUAGAGAGUAAAAAGACCGCACCUUUUGGAACUGAUUAGGAAGGGAUCCUGUGGUUUGGAGGACUGCUGGUGUUUUGUCUUGUCCUUUUCCUUUUGAGAUAUAAAUAACAGAUCUUUGCGCUGGAGCGUUUAGGGAUUCCGGGAACCAUGUCGUCGUUGAGCAGGGAACUAGUUUUCCUGAUACUGCAGUUCUUGGACGAGGAGAAGUUCAAAGAAACUGUUCAUAAGUUGGAGCAAGAGUCGGGCUUUUACUUUAAUAUGAAAUACUUUGAGGAUCAAGUCCAGGCAGGGGAAUGGGAUGAAGUUGAACGGUAUCUUGGGGGAUUCACAAAGGUCGAGGACAAUCGCUACUCCAUGAAAAUCUUCUUCGAGAUUAGGAAGCAGAAGUACCUUGAAGCACUUGAUAGGCAUGACAGAGCGAAAGCUGUUGAGAUACUUGUGAAAGACCUCAAGGUUUUUGCUUCUUUCAAUGAAGAACUUUUCAAGGAGAUCACCCAAUUGCUUACCUUGGAGAAUUUCAGGCAGAAUGAGCAGCUUUCCAAGUAUGGGGAUACAAAAUCUGCCCGAAACAUAAUGCUCAUGGAGCUUAAGAAGCUGAUUGAAGCUAAUCCUUUAUUUCGUGAUAAGCUUACUUUCCCACCCUUUAAAGCUUCUAGGCUGCGUACAUUGAUCAACCAAAGUCUGAACUGGCAACAUCAACUUUGUAAGAAUCCACGCUCCAAUCCUGAUAUCAAAACACUUUUUACUGAUCACUCAUGUGCUGCUCCUAGCAAUGGAGCCCGUGCUCCUCCCCCUACCAAUGGCCCCCUUGUAGGGCCAAUUCCCAAGUCUGGGGCAUUUCCUCCAAUUGGUGCUCAUAGUCCAUUCCAACCGGUUGUUUCUCCAUCUGCAAGUGCCAUUGCAGGGUGGAUGACGAAUGCUAACCAAUCUUUACCACAUGCUGCUGUGCCGCAAGGACCCCCAGGGCUGGUGCAGCCUCCGGGUACAUCUGCAUUUUUAAAGCACCCAAGGACUCCUACGAGUACUCCUGGAAUGGAUUAUCAAACUGCAGACUCUGAACACUUGAAGAGAAUGCGUACUGGCCCAUCAGAUGAGGUCUCAUUUGCUGGUGCAUCUCAUCCACCUAAUAUUUAUUCUCAAGAUGAUCUUCCCAGAACUGUGGUGCGGAACCUUAAUCAGGGUUCAAAUGUCAUGAGCUUGGAUUUCCAUCCAGUGCAACAAACGAUUCUUCUAGUUGGAACCAAUGUUGGUGACAUUGGGAUAUGGGAAGUUGGAUCUCGAGAAAGGAUAGCACAUAAGACAUUCAAGGUUUGGGAUGUCUCAGCUUGUUCAUUGCCAUUACAGGCAGCGCUAAUGAAAGAUGCUACAAUAUCUGUCAAUCGGUGCUUGUGGAGUCCUGAUGGAUCUUUUCUUGGUGUUGCAUUUUCAAAACAUAUUGUUCAGACAUAUGCUUUUAUUCCAAAUGGAGAGCUGAGACAACAAUUGGAGAUUGAUGCUCAUUUAGGCGGUGUUAAUGACAUUGCCUUUUCCCAUCCCAACAAGAGUUUGUCGAUUAUUACAUGCGGUGAUGACAAGAUAAUAAAGGUGUGGGAUGCUACAACAGGACAGAAGCAAUACAUGUUUGAAGGGCAUGAAGCUCCUGUAUACUCUGUCUGCCCUCAUUAUAAGGAGUCUAUUCAGUUUAUCUUCUCCACUGCUGUUGAUGGGAAAAUCAAAGCAUGGCUAUAUGAUUGUUUGGGAUCCAGAGUCGACUAUGAUGCGCCUGGGCAUUGGUGCACGGCAAUGGCAUAUAGUGCAGAUGGAACAAGGCUUUUUUCCUGUGGAACGAGUAAAGAUGGUGAUUCCCAUUUAGUUGAGUGGAAUGAGACUGAAGGAGCUAUUAAAAGGACAUACUCUGGCUUUAGAAAACGUUCAUUAGGUGUCGUCCAAUUUGACACAACUAGGAACCGAUUCCUGGCUGCUGGAGAUGAAUUUAUGAUUAAGUUCUGGGACAUGGAUAAUACCAGUAUACUAACCACCACAGAUGCUGAUAGUGGAUUGCCUGCAAGCCCACGUCUAAGAUUCAAUAGAGAAGGUUCAUUACUUGCAGUUACAACAAAUGACAAUGGUAUUAAAAUCUUAGCCAACACUGAUGGGCAGCGCUUGCUAAGGAUGCUUGAGAGUAGGGCAUUUGAGGGAUCCCGAGGGCUUUCCCAACAGAUCAACACGAAGUCUCCGCUGGUCAAUGCGUUGGGUGCUGUUUCUAAUGUUUCUAGCCCAUUAGCCACUCCUGAGCGCCCUGAUCGAGUCUUACCUGCUGUCUCAAUGGGUAGCCUGGCUCCUAUGGAAAACAAUAGGAUGGCUGAUGUUAAGCCAAGGAUUUCAGACGAUGCUGACAAGAUCAAAAGCUGGAAAUUAGCUGAAAUUGUGGACUCUGCUCAUCUUAAAACCUUAAGGUUGCCUGACUCCAUGACAGCAACUAGCAAGAUUGUGCGAUUGUUAUAUACGAACUCUGGGCUAGCGGUGUUGGCUCUUGCAUCCAAUGCCAUACAUAAGCUGUGGAAAUGGCAGCGUUCUGAACGAAAUCCAUCUGGCAAGUCCACUGCAUCUGUUGUCCCUCAGCUGUGGCAACCAGCAAAUGGAAUUCUCAUGACCAAUGAAACAAACGAUAGCAACCCAGAAGAAGCAAAUGCGUGUAUUGCUUUGUCAAAGAAUGACUCAUAUGUUAUGUCAGCAUCUGGUGGGAAGGUUUCUUUGUUCAAUAUGAUGACAUUCAAGGUUAUGACAACUUUCAUGCCACCCCCUCCUGCAGCCACCUUCCUGGCAUUCCACCCUCAAGACAACAAUAUUAUUGCCAUAGGAAUGGAAGAUUCUACUAUUCAAAUAUACAAUGUUCGAGUUGAUGAGGUGAAAACCAAGCUCAAGGGUCACCAGAAGAAGAUCACUGGCCUAGCAUUUUCCCAGUCACUAAAUGUGCUUGUCUCUUCAGGAGCCGAUGCACAGCUGUGUGUGUGGAGUAUAGAUGGAUGGGAGAAGAAGAAAUCGAGAUUUAUUCAGGCACCAGCUAGUCGUGCAUCCCCAUUAGUUGGGGAUACCAAAGUUCAGUUUCAUAAUGAUCAGGCACAUCUUUUAGUUGUUCAUGAAAGCCAACUGGCCAUCUAUGACAGCAAGCUUGAAUGCUUGCGCUCGUGGUCUCCAAGGGAUGCAUUACCAGCACCAAUUUCAACUGCGAUAUACUCUUGCGAUGGUUUGUUGGUGUAUGCUGGAUUCUGUGAUGGUGCAGUUGGAGUUUUUGAAGCAGAUGGCCUGAGGCUUCGUUGCAGGAUUGCACCAUCUGCCUACAUAUCACCUUCCGUUGCAAGUGCUGGAACCGUUCAUCCUAUGGUGAUUGCUGCCCACCCAACAGAAUCCAACCAGUUUGCACUGGGAAUGAAUGAUGGUGCAGUUCAUGUGGUCGAGCCAUCGGAUGCUGAGCCAAAGUGGGGGGUGGUGCCACCUCAGGACAAUGGAGCUCAUCCGUCCAUCUCCAAUCCAGUGUUGACUAAUAAUCAGGCAUCUGAAGCCCCUCCUAGGUGACUUGGGAGUGAAACGGCAAGUAGGCUAGGGAAUUGAGCUGGCUUGCCUGAAAACCAGUAGCUCUCCAGCUUCAGAGGUGAUCUCUUUUUGAAUCUCGCCCGAUGCCAUACUGCCUGAGGACUUGGCGUAUCCUCCCUUGUAAAGCAUCUUAUGAUCUGUUUAGUGUCUUUGAGAUAUUCUUUUGUUGGUGGGUUGGGAGGAUGGUAGUGUGUAAAUUAUAUCAUAUUAUGUGUCAGACAUGGGAAAAAAACACGGUUAAGGCCUAAAGAUCUGACAGACGUAGGAAGUGCGCGCGAGGUUCCCUCCCACACCCGCCUUUUGCUGACUGAAACCUUCUGAAUUUUUUUUUUUUGGGGAACAAAAAAAAAUCUCUUACAAAUG